CAUUCCCAUGAACCAAACAUGGGAAUUACCGUAGAUUGGGAUUAAUUUUCCCAAUCCCACCCUCAAUUCCCACUUACCAAACAUCCUCUUAGAGGCACGUGGAGCUUUCAACAAUCGCCGGAUAUUUAAGCCACAACUUCGUCGCCCGUCAAAACACCAAUGUCCUAAAACUCCACUCUAAAACUCUUAUGCUCAUCAAAUUCCAACCCUAAAACUCUUGCCAAUUUCGAUUACCAUAACAAAGUUUCAAUUUUUAGGGUAAUUAUCAAGUUUUCAGCAAAAUUUAAGAGAUGAGAAGAAGAAAUCAACAUGGAGAUUUUUAUAAAGAUCCAUGUUUGACAAUGCACCAACCUUGGGCUUCUUUGCUUGUUUAUGGUAUUAAACGUAUUGAAGGAAGAUCUUGGCCUGCUCCUAUUAGGGGUCGGCUUUGGAUUCAUGCUGCCAGUAAGGUCCCAGAUGUGGCUACAAUAAAAGCGAUGGAGGAAUUUUACAGGGAGAUAUAUGCCGUGGAUGGUGUGACUGAUCUCAAGUUUCCUGAGCAUUAUCCAGUUUCAAAGCUUAUAGGUUGUGUAGAAAUUGCUGGCUGUCUUAGACGUGAAGAGCUGGCAUCCUGGAAAGCAGUACCUAAAGGGGCGAGGCUGGAAGCACUGACAGAUUUCUGUUGGCUGUGUGAACAACCUCAGAAAUUGAUAGAUCCUCUAAAAAUGCGAGGUGAUCAGGGUGUCUAUAAUCUGGAAUGGAAGGUAGCUGAGGCUGCGGUUAUAAGUCUUCUUCCAGUGGAAAGUCCAUAUUCAAUAAAAUUUCCACUCCCAAAUCCAGCGAAUCUCUAUUCAUUAAGGCCAGGAUCCUUGCCUAAGGAUUUAUCUGAAAAUAAUGUUCUAGGAGCUGCGAUGUCACCAAGUUUAAUUGCAGCCAUAGAUGGUGCAAGAGCAGCAGCUACGUAGUAUACAAAAAAAGAUACUAAACCUCUAAAAGACACCCCGCAUGACAAUAAGAUUAUUUAUAAAGAACUGACAGAUAAGCUAAAAGGCGUCUCUGUGGAAGAGGAUAGUGGAAAAACUGGUUUUGACAUUGAUUCCAAUGGCAAGAGCGAAGGGAUGAGCAAAUCAGUUGACUUGAAGAAACAGAAGCAGCUAGGUUCAAAUUCCUCAAGUAGAUUAGACCAGCACUCUGCUGGUUCUUCUCUGAUUUUUUCUUCUGCCUUGAGGGGACUACGGCCAACCUGAAACUGUGAACAGGCACUUAGCAGGAAGCUUUGCUCAUUUAGGUAGACACAGGGGUCAUAGUUAUUGGCUACAGUUAAGCAACAACAGCAAUAAAAUGGUUAUAGGGUAUGAUUGUAUAUUGUUCUAUCAUCGGGAUAUAGAUAGUUUGUGUAUAUAUUUAGAUAUUUUGACAUGGAUGAUUCAAAGUUUCACCCAUUCUUAUUUUUUAGUUAUUCGGGAAUAAUCCCAAUAUUUCCUUUUAUAUUUAAUUAUUUUGGAGUACUUGAUAUUUGUAAGUCGAAUUGCAAUGCAGUUAGCACAAUGUCUUGUUUAUGUUGAAAUUCUUGCUUUAUUGAUUAUCUGUAAGAAUGAAAUUCAGAGAUUUGCUGUGCUUUCUAGAGAAAUACAGCUACAAUACUUGGUCAUAGAAAUAAUGUAGCACUA